AUGGACAAGCAAGAGAAGAAAGAUGAGAUGAUCAUCAGAGAAGAGAUUUUCAAGAAGAUAAUGAUAUCGUUGGGAGAAGACGGUACACCUUCAAGAACUGUCCUCGUUGGUGAAGCUGGUGUAGGGAAGACAUGGCUUGCAGAGAAAGUCAGCAAGCAUGUAACGCAAGAAAUCACUCCUGGUUACAAUGUCCUCUGGUUACAUCUGAACAAAAGAAUUGGAGACGAGAAGACCCUUUACGAGAAUCUUGCUUCUCAGUUAUCGUUAUUUCCCGAGUUUGAAGAAGGCGAAGAACAUACUGAGGUUGAUGAUUCAUUGAAGAGCAUGAAGUUGAAGAUAAAAGAAAAGAUCAUCAAGAAGAAGACUCUUCUGUUGAUUCUGGAUGAUGAAGGAAAGAUGACAAAAGAAGACGAUGUGAUGAAAGAGUUAAAGCUCCGAGACUUUCUCGAGACGAAACACACAAUCUUAAAGACUCUAGUCAUAAAAGGAGAGGAAAGAAAGGAGGAAGGGUCGACCAAAACGAUCAAAGUCGAUCCCCUAACAGAAGAAGAGUCACUCUACUUCCUCCGCGAUUAUCAGCGCUUACUUGAGUCGUAUACCACUGAAGAAUGGCAGGUUUUGCUGCAGAACCUUCACGAUAAUGGAGAGAUCGAGGAAGCUACUUUGAUGUCUUGCAUCGCUAGAAAGAGCAAGGGGUUACCGGCUGCACUUGUUGUCUUAACUAAGUCUUUAAACAGCAUAGAGUCGCUGUCUCCAAAACAGAGAAAGAUCUUCAAAGAACUGAUUCUAUCCCCCAAGUCACUAGACGCAGCAGCUGCUUCCAAAAACGCUAUAGAACACAGCCGUUACAAUCCUGUCUUGCGUUUAAGCUACGAGCUGUUGAAGCCUGAAGGGGAUGUCAAAAGUCCGGUCAUUGCUUGCUUUUGGCAUGUCCUAGACUUCUACAAGCACUGUGGAUGCGCUUACUACCGCGACCUAAUCGUGCACUGGAUGCUUGAAGGGUAUUUUGAUCCGGUGAAGUCGGUCGAGAAAGCUUAUAACGAAGGACAUUCCAUUCUAAUGCAGUUUAUGAACAGAGGAAUCUUGAAGAUACAAGAAGACAACAUGGUGGUUCCAGAGAUGUCUAUGAGCAAUCUGUUAGAUCUUCAAGAUUGUGGAUUCUUCGGCAGAUCUUGUCUUGGAUUCAACAGAGUGUACGGUGGAGACAAGGCUAAAGGCCUCGGGAGAAUCAUCUUGAUCGACGAUAUGAUCCAGACGAUUCAAUCCAAGAAGAAGAAGAACAUCAAGACUAUCAUCGUCAGCGGAAACCGUUUACGCAGAGAGGUCCAUCAUAAGUUCUUUGAAAAACAAGAGAUGCAAGAUCUUGAAGUUGUUGUCCUCUUUGAUCCAACGUUUGAAGAUCUUGUUCAGUCUUUAUCUAAGCUGACGAAACUUCGGGUACUCGUGAUUAGAGACUGCGAUCUAAUCAAAGACAUCAACGAGCUCAGGGGUCUUCAAGGCCUACACGUUCUUGAAGUCUCUGGUGCAAGUUAUCUAGCUAAGAUCGACGAUGAGUUUUUCAGGAACAUGACUCAGCUGCAAAGUCUUAACCUCUCGGGGCUUCCAAUAGAAUCUUCGCCUUACACAAUCGAAAACCUAAGCAUGCUCCGUUGCUUCAUCGUAAGAGACUGCCCCAAGCUACAAGACCUUCCUAACUUCAACGUGGCAACAAAGGAGCUAGAAGUCAUCGACAUUCGUGGAGCUCGGGACCUCAGAUCUUACUUCGACAGAGUUCAAAAUUGGAGAGACUACAAAGGCAAGAACAAGAACUUCGCUCAUCUUCGGAAGCUCGAACACUUGGACUUCUCCGGAACUCAAAUCAUUCGUCUACCCAUAUUUCAUCUCAAAGACUAUACUCACGAUUUCAGCACUAUGCCAGCCUUGACCCGUCUCUUGCUUCGAGACUGUACAGAGCUUAAGAGGCUACCACAGCUCAGGCCCUUGACUAAACUCCUGGUUCUUGAUGUCUCUGGUGCAAAGAAGCUAGUGGAGAUGCUUGAAGUGUGCUUAGAGGAGAAGAAAGAGCUUAGGAUCCUUGAUAUCUCAGAGACGAUUCUUCCCGAGCUAGCAGACACGAUCAACGAUGUCAGCAAUCUCAACCAGCUUCUGAUAAGGAACUGCUCCAUGAUGAAAGAGCUUCCGAGCAUUGAGAAGCUAACACACCUCGAGGUCUUUGAUGUUUCCGGAUGCAAGCAGUUGGAGAAGAUCGAUGGAUCCUUUGGGAACAUGUCUUUCCUCCACAAUGUGAAUCUUUCGGGAACGAGUCUCGGUGAGUUACCUAAGCAAAUCUCAGAGCUAUCUAGCAUCAAAAAGCUCAUCGUAAGAAACUGUUCCAAGCUGAUGGAACUUCCAAAUCUUGAGAAGCUGAUACAUCUUGAGAUCUUUGAUGUUUCUGGCUGCACCGUGCUGGAGAAGAUCGAGGGAUCGUUCGAGGAUAUGUCUUACCUUCGCGAGGUGAAUCUCUCUGGGACUAAACUCGAAGCGUUUCCAGAGUUACCGAAACAAAGCAUCCUCCGUUCUUCAAAACGCAUCGUUCUCGCGGACUCGAGGUGCUUAGAGAAAGACGAGUGGAGCCAGAUAAAGGAGUGUUUAGCAAUGAAGCCAGAAGGCUCUAGCGUCUCUAAUCUACCAGAGAAACCCCCCGAGAAGCUUGUUCAUCACGGCAACAGAUACAGAGUUCUUGAUCCUGAAGUUCCUUUGGAUAUCGAAAUCGUUGAUACCAACAAAUCAAUGGAACUUGGAAAAGAGUAUAUAUCAAAAGCAGAGUAUGUCUCUGUUUCAGAGAAUGAAUCCGAAAACGUAUCUUUGAUCUUCCGCGAUUUUCAGAUGAGAUCGGUAAAAGGUUGUUGGGUAGAGAGGUGCAAGAAGAUGGAGAAUCUCUUCGCGUCAGGUGAGAAACAAGAUAACGAGAUACCAUCAUCGUCAUCAUUGGAGACUCUUUGGAUCUCGAGUCUUCCAUUGCUCAAAAGACUAGACAGUGGUAAUGAAGGUUCCGUCUUCAAGAACCUUAAGAAGCUAAGCAUAGACUGUUGUCGAAGCAUCGAAUGGAUUUUCCCGAGAGCUUCUCAACUUCCUGAGAAGCUUGAGAUUCUCCGUGUGAAGUUUUGUGAUAAUCUGAAGAGAUUGUUUGAAGAAGAAGUAGGAGAGUUACCGAAUCUUGGCAAGCUCUACCUUUUUGAAUUGCCUGUUUUGUCGUCGGAUGGUGUUAAGUUUCCGAAUCUGGACAAAUACACAAGUGAGAAAUGUCCGAAUUUCAAAGCUACACUUGAGGAACUGAAGCAAGGAACAAAGAAAACUGAAGAAAUUUCAAAUGAUCAGCCUCACAAGAGUAUUGGGCCUGAAAUUCAAACUUCUACUCAGCCCACAAAACUAUAG